GCCACUUUUGAUAAUUCUUCAAUACACGCUACAAACUUGGCGUAAAUGGACGCUUUUUGGCACUUGAAUAACAAAAUGGUGUAUCUGGUUUGAGCGCCACUGGGAAGCAAUCUUUAGCUCCCCAAAUUCUUCUGUUUUAUUUCAUGUGUUCGAAAAAAAUAGCGUCGAAAGAAACCAGACCCUUUCUAGAUAUGGGAAGUGAUACCAUACGCUUAGGGUAUUUUUAGUUUCGGGUCGUUUUCGAAAGUAGAGUUUAUCCUCUCGCGAUGACGAGUGCGAGAGAGCUGAGCUCUCUGCCCUUGCCCCCUCAUCACAUCCACAAACUAACCAAAGCUGGAUACUUAAGCGUGGAAGACAUCGAGGGAGUAACUCCAACAGAGUUAAGUGAAGAUUUGUCACUUAGCAGAGAAGAUGCACUCAGUAUACUUCAAGUGGUCAGAAAACCACAAACACCUUUAUCGGAGAAAGAGAAAGCGAUUAAAACCAUCUCUGCUGGUAGCCCAAGAAGCAGAAGUGCACUAGAGCUUCUACAGCAAGAGCAGACAGCAGGGUCUAUAGUGACAUUCUGUGAACAGCUGGACGACAUGCUUGGGGGAGGGGUCCCAACUUGUAAGAUAACAGAGUUCUGUGGUGCCCCAGGAAUUGGGAAAACACAGAUAGGAAUGCAGUUGGCUGUUGAUGUCCAAAUUCCAGAGGAGUUUGGUGGUUUGGAUGGCGAAGUCAUAUAUAUUGAUACAGAGGGCAGUUUUAUAGUAGAAAGAGUGGCAGAUAUUGCUGCUGCAGCCAUCAAACACUUGGAAAACGUCACCGAGUCAGCUGAUUUGGAUGAAUCUGAGAGAAACCUUCAGCUAGAAGCUAUGAAAGAAUUCGAAGUGGAGAAAAUCCUGUCACGGAUCCAUGUAUUCAGGUGCCAUGACUACAUUCAGUUGAUUGCUCUCUCCCAUCUCCUUCACGACUUUAUCAAGGAACGGAUUAAGGUCAAGCUGGUUGUUGUUGAUAGCAUUGCUUUUCAUUUUCGUCAUGACUUUGAGGACAUGGCACUGCGCACUCGACUGCUGAACGGCUUGGCGCAGAGCUUUAUUAGAAUGGCGUGUGAACAGCAGUUAGCUGUUGUGCUGAUGAAUCAAAUGACCACCAAGAUCCAGCAAAACCAAGACGGCGGCUCGCAUCUUGUCCCUGCUCUAGGCGAGAGCUGGAGCCAUGCGAGCACCGUGCGGGUCGUGCUUCAUUGGGACAACAAACAAAGAAUGGCGACCUUGUACAAGUCCCCCACCAAGCAAGAGAUGACGGUUCCCUUCCAGAUAACGUCUUGCGGGGUGCGAGACGCCUGGGAUUUCCCGCCGCCCGCUUUCCACUCCAGCGACAACGACGAGGAACUCAAAACCAAUGGUGCUGCGGGAUCCCGAGAGCAACACUCGAGAAAUGAUGCCCCGGAGGGCCUCUAUCACGGAAAGGAGGGCACAGAAGGGACUCCCGGACCUUCUUCGGGAACCGUGGAAAGUCGAAAACGAACUUUUGAUAAAAUUAGCUAAGUGUGACUUUUAAUUUGUUAGCGUUAGAAAAGGCAACGUUUUUUGGAAAGUUUUUCCUUUUCCAGAGAAGACUAAUCCCCUUUUUAUAAGGUACCAGUUGUAUCAAUUGAGUGAAUUACACAAAAACCUCUGUAAACAGUGUAAAAAAACUCGCACGUUUCCGUAACACCGUGCAUUUUGGGGCCUUGCAAAGUGGGUACCCAUCAGGCAAGAUAUUAGAGAGCACAAUUUAGAGUGGUCGUAAUUUCCACUGGUACCGUGUGAAAGGGACCUAAUUAAGCGGCACAAGAAAAGCGGGCUUCGGAUGUUUGACUAAAAUAGCUAAGAGUGACAGGUGACCCCCAUCAUGUACUUUGUAAAGAAUAAACAUUAGAUUAAAAAUAAUAAACUUAUUUGCUGGUA